AUGGCACUUCUCCCUACCUCUUCUUGCCUGUCCGGUGCGGAUCCGAUGCGGUGCAUCGCGCACAUUGACAUGGACUGCUUCUACGCUCAGGUGGAGGCGGUGCGCCUCGGCGUGGACUGCCGCGUGACGCCUCUCGUGGUUGCUCAGUGGGGCAGCCUCAUUGCGGUGAACUACCCGGCCCGUGCGCGUGGGGUGAAGCGGUUUAACAACGUAGCUGAGGCACAGGCACUGUGUCCUGGACUCGUUGUCGCGCUUUCGCCCAGCUAUCGAAUGGGCGAGUCUGUGAGCCAGUACCACCCGCAUCCUGUGCAGGACUCCUACAAGAUAUCUCUUGAGCCGUACCGACAUGCGAGCCGACAGGUCUUCUCGAUCCUCGCUGCAACUCCCGGGAUACAAGUUGAGAAAGGCAGCAUUGAUGAGGCGUACAUUGACGUGACGGAGGCGGCGCGACGGGAGCUGGCGGAGGUGCGCGCUGCCGCCGCGGGUGCCUCGCUGGACCCGCUGGCGGACGUGAUGGAGCCGUCGACGCGGCUGAUUGAGGACCGGCGCGCGGAGAUGGAGGCGUGGUUCGGCGCGCGGGGGACGUCGCUGGCUGCUGUGUUCGACGAGCCGAUGCGCGCCCUGGUGCGCGGCGAGUGCGGCGCUGAGCUGGAGGGAAGCCGCGCAUUCUGCGUUGGCGCGGACGACGCUGCGUACGCGGAGCGGUGCCUGCUGCUGUGCGCUGCGUCGCGCGUUGUGCACCGGCUGCGGCAGCGCAUCUACGCGGAGCUGCACUACGACUGCUCUGCCGGGAUCGCGCACAACCGCGUGCUUGCGAAGUGCAUCAGCGCGACACACAAGCCGAACCAGCAGACGCUGCUGUUGCCUGACCGGAGCGCGAGUGCGCUGUUUGAGCUGCCGCUGAGUGGGGUGCGCGGGUUUGGUGGCAAGCUCGGCGCCGCUGUGAGCGCUGUGUGCGGCGGUGUGACGGAGUGCCGCGAGGCGUGGCUUGUGCCGCUUGCGCAGCUGUGCAAGCUUGACGGGGCGUGUGAUGUGGGCGACGGCGAGGAUGCUGAGGAUGACACGGAGGGGCGGGUGGGUCGAUUAUAUGGCAGGAAACGGGGGCGCGCUGCCUCGCCAUCCAUGGAGAGGAACUUCCAAGGGUUGGCUGCACACACCACAUCGCAGUACGUCUUCUACCGCUUGCGCGGCCUGGGUGGUGACACUGUCGCUGAUCCGGCGUUGCCGCGGGGGAUGAGGGCGAGUAAGAUCUUCCAUCCAGCGUGCAGCUCGUGGUCAGCAGCGCAGCUGUGGAUGGCGCCACUGGCAGGGGAGCUGUGGCACCGGUUUAGCGAGUACGAGUCGCGCUACCACAAAGAGGGCCGAAGUUUGGUGUUGCUGUUUCGCACGCACGUCACCCCAGAGCAGGCGCGUCGUGGGCAGCACGCUCGGUCUUAUCGAGCGCAAGUGCCUCUUCCGACGAGCGUGCGGGACGCCAAGGAGAUUGCAGGCAUGGGGUUGCGCGAACUUGUGAAGCUUAUGCGGAAGGUGACCACGGGGAGCAAAGGAGGCGAGCGGAGGGCGGCAUCGCUGACUCCACUGCCGUCGCCGCAUAUCCUCACCAAACCUCCGAGUGAUGUACCCGAUGCACCACCGGGCACUGCCGCGCCCUCGAGCGGUGUGUUGACGAUGCCUCCACUCCAUGUUAUUGAACUCUCCAUCAUCGGGCUUCGUCCGCGUCCACUGCAGGCGACGGAGGGGAGCAACGACGGCAUCACAGGCGGUGCUGACGGAGAGACGUCGGCGGCACCGCAGCGUUCCCUGGUGGACAUGUUUUCGGCGCUCUCGGCCAGCGCGGCAGCAUCUGCACGGACAAAGGCCAGCCGCACAGCCGUGCCUGGCGGAGGUGUACUGCGGAGGCGACGCCGCAGCGGCUCACGAGACGGAGAAGUUGCGCGUGGGCUGGGACGAGAGGUCGUCGUGGAGAUCGACGAUGGUGACGAGGACGAAAACGUCAGCGAUGACUGCGUCGACUUCGACGUCCAUCUCGGCGAGGCUCCAGAGGUCAAGGGGAGCGACACGGCAUGCCAGCGGGAGAAGUCCGCGGGUUUAGCUGGCGCUUCAUCCCCACCGCUGAUGCGUACGCUCGAGGACCUUUUUUGUAGAGCCACAGCGGCUCCUAGCGCCUCUGCUGCAGAGACGGUGUCUGUGCCGACACGCGCGGUCAGGGAGGUGACGACGGUGUGCGUCGAGGAGGACGACGCGAUAGUAUGGGUUCCGCAGCGGAGGUGUGCAAGCAUCACUGAGGUGAGUCCCGAAGAAGACGUGAUGAUAUUGUGA